AUGAGCAAUUUUACAGUUGUUAUUGGUAGUUCUAAAUCUGCUUUAGAUAACGUACGAACUUAUUACUGGUGUGAGAAUGAGCAUGCAAAAUCUUCAUCUGAAAUCGCAAGUGCAGUAUUCGACACAUUGAUCAGCUUGGAUAUCCCAAGCGAUAAAACAAGAGUAAGACUGUUUGCUGACGGUUGCGGCGGUCAGAAUAAGAAUACAAUUUUAGUGGGCAUGUGCAUGAAAUGGUUGUAUUCAAACGCACCACCACACGUAAAAAAACUUGAAAUUAUAUUCCCCAUGGUUGGACAUUCGUUCUUACCGCCCGACAGGGUAUUCGCGAAAAUUUAA